AAAUUUUCGCCUCAUUCUGAAAGUGUCGGUUCGGUCGGGUGGAGUGGUUUUUCGUUGUUCUGGGCGGUCGGUUUGUGUCCCCUUUUAUAAUCAUUAUUGCUGCUAGCAAUACAUUGUACUACUAUACUGUGUCCAGUUGUGGAUUUGUGAACUAUUUCUCAGUCUUGUAUUUUUCGGUAAAGGUCGUACGACUGAAAUAGAAAUGCGUAGGUGGAUAUAAAGCUGACCAUUCAGUUUCGGGAUUGACAAAGAAAAAUAGUGAAAACAUUUUGUUUAGAAGGAAGUCACAUAUGAAAGAGUUUGAUAAUUAGCAUAAUAUCGAUUUACUGAAUCGAUAAAGGGCCCUAUUGUUACAUAGCGUAGAGCAACACAUACUGCUUGCGUGUGCGGUUGAAAGCUGCUGGUGCUUUUCUUUAUGAAAGGAGGAAAAUUUCUCGAUGCGCUGGCGUGGAAAUAAUCUUGCAGUCAAUCUAUUCACAGGAGUACGCAGUGGGUGAAAACAACAAAUCAACAAAUUUGAUCUCACCAAAGUUACCCCAGUUAUCUAACAUCGGGCUCAACUGAUAAGCAUUGAUAAACAUUGCAAUCAUAGUGAAAGUGGUUCAUGCACCUAAAGAUCACAGCCGUACCUACUACUGAACUGACAGAUUGUGACGAUUUAUCGACCAAGGCAAAACCGCUGCGCGGUUCUGUGAAAACCGGAACCAACUAUAAAUAGCCUGUUCGAACUGACAUAAUUCGUUAAAUUUUUAAUUGUUUACCAGAGGCAUUUGCAUACACGUGAUCUGGUUUAAACUUUGGCGAAACUCGUUCACAGUGUUGCGCAAAUAAAACUGCAAAUGAAGCGAAAUGGGGUUUGUGAUAUAUCAAAACAAACGCCGUGCCGAUUGACGACACCUAUCUAAAGGUAGCCGGAAAAGAGUGUAUGUAACAAAGCUAAUAUCACUCACUGGACAAGAGAAGUGCUGUUGUUUUUUACUGGUGUAAUACAAAUUUGUGGACUGACCAACGUUGGAGUCGCCCUACCUGACGCUUCACCAGCCAGGGGAAAGUCAAAUUUUUUGAAAGCGUCGUGAAGCAGUUGGAAACUUAACGGAGGAUUAAGCUGGAAAGGCAGAGCAUUACCGGUAAUGGCUCUGAGUAAUUCACAGUUCCAAAACAUCGACGACGAUGAUGACGAUUUUCAAGAUGCGUGUGACAUGGAAGGACCAGUACCGUCGUGUACGAUGGAUUUGGAUUCAGCCCUGCUGGAAGCCAAACUGGCGGUCAAUUUGUUCUUCAACAACAAAUUUACCGAGGCGGAAGCACUGAUGAAGCCAUGGGCCAAAUCUAGCAUGUACCACUCGGUAGGACACAGCGUGUUCGCCUAUCUGGAAGCAAUGCUAACGUUCGAGCAGCAGCACAUUUCGGCGGCUUCCGAUGCGUUGAAGCAGUGCCUGGGUGUGUGCAAUCGUUAUCGCAAGAAGAACACACUUACCGAAACGAUUGGCAAGACGUUCAAACGGAUAAACUACGAUCAAUACACGGACGUGGAGGCACAUGCCGAGCUGUGCACCGCGGAAGCCAUGCUGCUGAAGGCGAUGCUCACCUUCAUCGAGGACGAAACGCUCACUAGUUUGAUAAAGGGUGGCAUGAAAAUUCGGAACUGUUUCGCGAUGUACAAAGAAUGCAACAAUAUACUCGUACAACGAAACUGGAAGUCGGAGAGUUCGAAGGUCCAUUUUGAGAGUGGAGUUCGCAUGGGUCUGGGCACAUUCAAUUUGAUGAUCUCACUGCUGCCCGGGAGGGUUAUAAAGCUGCUCGAGUUUAUCGGGUUUUCGGGAAAUAAGCAAGCGGGAAUGCAGGAUUUAGUGGCGGGCUCUCAAAGCCAGGGAAUCCGUCAGGUGCUCUGCGUGAUGACACUGUUAGGGUAUAAUCUUAUUGUUUGCUAUGUACUUAGCCACAGGGAGGGCGAUCUGAAGCACUGUGAUGAGCUGCUGUCGAAGCAGUUGAAGUUGUAUCCCGAUGGCGUUUGGUUUCUGUUUUUCAAAGGCCGUCUCGAGUUCAUGAAGGGUAAUUUGAACGAUGCGCUGACAUGGUACAAAAAAUCCUGGAAGUCACAAAACGUCUGGCCGCAGUUCCAUCACCUGUGCUUCUGGGAAUUGCUUUGGGUGAAUUGCCUGCGGUUAGACUGGCGUGAGUCACUGCUCUUUGCUACGUACUUAGUCGAGAACAGCAAGUGGUCCCGAACGAUUUACACAUAUCAGAAGGCAUCCAUCAUGUGCAUGCUGAAGCGAUCCGAGCUCACCUCGACUGAUCUGCGAACACUGGACGGACUGAUGAGAGAGGUCCCGAAGUACAAGCAGCGAAUCGCCGGCAAGUCGCUUCCGAUGGAGAAGUUCGCCUGUAAAAAGAUUGAACGGUUUUUCGCACAGCAAUCUUUCCUGUACGUGCCGGCACUAGAGUUGAUGUACGUGUGGAACCUUUUCAAGAUACUCGGCAAACAUUUCCACUUGGCCGACGGGGUUUACCGGAUAGUAGAGGAAAACCUAAGUGAGCUAGACGAACGGCAGCAGAAGCGAAUCCAGAGUCCCCUGACGCCGUAUGACGUAGAUAAUAGAGCGCUGUUGUUGCUGCUUAAGGGUGCCUGCCUGCGGCAAAUGGACAGUCCACUACAGGCUCUCAAGUGUCUGGAGUCCGUAGUGGGAAUGUACAAAGAUCUCAAGGAAGACUUCUAUUUGGUACCAUAUGCUAUCGUGGAAAUUGCUCUCAUAUACGUUGAUCAAGGAAACAAGGAACGUGCUAUCAUCGAGCUGGAGGAUGCCAAAAAAAACUACAGCGGAUACUCGCUUGAAUCGCGGCUCCAUUUUCGCAUCCACACGGCGUUGAUUGAAUUGAAAGGCAAAAGUUACGAAAACAUUCCAACUGGCAACGAUUAAAGCUCUCAGCGAUAGAAAUUAUAGAAAACAAAUGAAAUCUAGUCUAAGUUACAUUUUGUUGUUAGAGAAUAAACCUUUAAGAAUUAUUGACCACCGA